CGUUCGCGUUGGCGCUGCACAGCGGACGUGUGCGCGGCACUCAGUGAAUUUGCCAGGACAUGCAAAACGAGUCGAGUGAAAAUGUGGCCCCAUCGAUGGCCACAACAUCUAUCGAAGCGGCCGACACAAUGCGCAGCACACCCGCCCCUGAGCCACGUCGUCCCAAGCCGGGCAUACUCCGGCUGGACAUAAGCAAGCCACGACGUUCAUCAGGUGGUUCCGUUGAUUUUCGUUGCGUGAGUGGUGCUGGUGCUGCUGGUGGCGGUGGCGGUGGCAGCAGCAGCGCCAAUGUCACGGGCGCCAACAGUGAGGUAAGUGAGAAUGAUUUACUGUACGCCGGGGAGUGCUUACGAUUUGGCCAGGACACGUGCAGCAGCGGCACACAAACCCAUAACCAUAAGCGCCACCAACACCUGGUCAAAUCUGUUUUUCUUUUGCGGAUUUUUCUCUUGCAAAUGACCAUAAAAUGCAUUAGCAAAAACCGAGCGUUAAUCGAAAAGUGAAUGCCCUAAGCAGCGCUCAUUAGGACAGGCUGAGGCUGCGAUGGUAUAUGUAGUUCAUACAACUUUAUAAUACCCUUUUUGCCCA